ACUGAGGACCUCUCCUUGGCUUCCUCUGAUUCCAGGAAGGAUCCAGUGCACCACAAGACUCCUCCAGCCCAGCAAGGAGCCUAUGAUGUUCCUGAAGGCUGUGGCCCUGACCCUGGCCCUGGUGGCUGUCACCAGUGCCCGGGCAGACAUCACUGCUGACCAGGUGGCCACUGUGGUAUGGGACUACUUCAGCCAGCUGAGCAACAACGCCAAGGAAGCUGUGGAACAUCUUCAGAAGUCUGAACUCACCCAGCAGCUCAACGCCCUCUUCCAGGACAAACUUGAGGAUGUGAACACAUACGCGGAUGACCUGCAGAAGAAGGUGGUGCCCUUCGCCACAGAGCUGCACGAACGCCUGACCAAGGACUCGGAGAAGCUGAAGCAGGAGAUUCAGAAGGAAAUGGAGGAGCUGAAGGCUCGGUUUCUGCCCCAUGCCCAGGAGGUGAGCCAGAAGAUCGGGGACAACAUGCGCGAGCUGCAGCUGCGCCUGGGGCCCUACACUACCGAGCUGCACUCCCAGGUCAUGACGCAGACAGAGCAGCUGCAGCGCCAGCUGAGCCCCUACGCGCAGCGCAUGGAGAGGGUGCUGCGGGAGAACGCUGACAACCUGCAGGCCUCGCUGACGCCCUAUGCCGACGAGCUCAAGACCAAGAUAGACCAGAACGUGGAAGAGCUCAAGGGGCGCCUCACGCCCUACGCCGACGACCUCAAGGUCAAGAUCGACCAGAACGUGGAAGAGCUGCGCCGCAGCCUGGCCCCCUAUGCUCAGGACGUCCAGGAGAAGCUGAACCACCAGCUCGAGGGCCUGGCCUUCCAGAUGAAGAAGAACGCUGAGGAGCUCAAGGCCAAGAUCUCAGCCAACGCCGAGGAGCUGCGGCAGAAGCUGGCGCCGGUGGCCGAGGAUGUGCACAGCAAGCUGAAGGACAACACCGAGGGUCUGCAGAAGUCCCUGACGGAGCUGAGUGGCCACCUGGACCGGCAGGUGGAGGAGUUUCGCCGCAACGUGGCGCCCCCAGUGGAGAACUUCAACAAGGUUUUGGUGCAGCAGAUGGAGGGACUCAGGCAGAGCCUGGGCCCCUUUGCGGGGGCCAUGGAAGGCCACUUGAGCUUCUUGGAGAAGGACCUGAGGGACAAGGUCAACUCCUUCUUCAGCACCCUCAAAGAGAAAGAGAGCCAGGACAAGACCCUUGCCCUCCCCGAACAGGUGCAGGAGCAGGCCCCGGAAAAAAACGAGGAACAGAUGCCAGAACAGGUGCAGGAACAGCGGCCCCUCCCUUUAGAGAGCUGAGCUGCCCCUGGUGCUCUGGGCCCACCUCCAAGGACACUUGCCCUGUCCCACCCCCUGUCUGUCCGUCUGUCCCAAAGCAGGUCUGGUAUGAGCCUGAGGACAGAUGUCCAGUGGGAGGGGACACCACCUCUCCGUAUUCAAUAAAGCUGUUGAGAAUCUAG